CAAAUGAACUUUUUUGGUGAAAGAAGUCACCUCCUCUGAAUCGAAGUACAUUUCGCGCAGCCUUACAUUGACUGCACCUUUGACGCUCGCGACUCAUUGCAGUGGAUGUCCACCACCACAAACUGCAGACCUCGUUCUACCGUACCAUACCCUCGCUACCCUCGCUACCCUCAUCGCGAGUCGCGACAACCGCGAAGCAAAGCUUUAUUAGACUACAUCGCAAGAAUUCACCAACCUCGUCAUGGCGUCAGCGAACGGGGUAUUGAGUGUCCCCAUACCUGCAGAGCCCCCCACCUCACCUUCCACGCAAUCAGCAAAGCGAAAACGUGAAGAUGCCGCUGAGUCCCUUGCGAAUGGUGUUGCCGACUCCAACAGUGAAUCGACUGGCGAUUCAUUUGCAGCAUCCAAGUCUAUGAUUCGCGAUUUGAUUGAUGUAUUGAAAGGAUAUGAUCCCAUCCCCUCUAUCCUCGAGCGCCCGAUUGCGGAACGCCCUUCCUCCUCCGGUCCCCAAGCCAAGCGUCAGAAGGCAGAAGAUAAGGCUACGCAGCGAUCUAUCUUGACGCGGUUGUCUGAAGAUUCGUACAAGAAUGUGGACGAAGUCCUCGAAGAUAUCGACAACGCCGUCUCUGGUAUUAUGGAGUCACUUCGAUUGCCUGAAGGGAGUGCACGACUGUCUGGCCACCAGUCUGAGAUAUCCUUGAAGGUCAAAGCAUUCAAGCAACAAGCUCAUGAUCUAGUAAAGAGAGAGAAAACCUUGCAAGAGGACAAACAGCAUUCCGGCGUGAACGGUACAUCUUCCACCAAAUACAAUGUCGAUUCUGCCUUGAGCUCGAAUUCAUCCAAGCAGGUCGCCGCCGAUGACAACAAGAUGGUUCUCACCCUUUUUGGAAGUGCUCCAGGAGCGAGACAGUUAUUUUCCAGUCUGCAGAUCCCACCAAAACGUGCAGGAGAACAGAGGGAUAUUAUUCAAACUCUUCGAGAAGUAGGCCUACCAAAUGGUAUUACAGCGACACAUAUCGUACCUGCGGAAAAUACUGGUCUCUCUGGCGAUAAGAAACGCGUCCCCACUCUGAGCGAUUUGUUUCCAACCCCGAGAGAUGUACCCGUCCCAUUUCCACCUAAGCCUUCCAAGCUUGCGACUACUAGAUCGGCGACAGUCGGGUGGUAUCAGCCUUCUGCCAGCGAACCAUUACCAAGAAGUGCUAGUUAUUCACGACAAACAAUAUCUUGCGGGCACUGGCUUGAUUAUAGCAAUGUGUCCGCUUCAUCGCAGGGUACCAAGCGAAAGCGUGAUAGAGCCUUGAGCCUUGUGGGCGCGAAAGCUCCGACCGAUGUUGAACCAGUCGAAUCCGAGGCUGCAAAACUCGAUGCAUUAUUUCGGAGUGCUUACUCGGGAUUCGCUCCUACCAAAGACGAUGCAGCGGCUGUUGCCCCAGCUGGUGUAUUGAGCCGUAUGUGGUGGCAACAAGUUGGCGAAAAGAGCUUCGAGAAACUGGUGGAGACCAUGGCAAUUGACAAGACUAUGGGCGGAUCAGAACUCAGUUCGAACAAAAUCUCGGAAUCAUCCGAUGAGCUUGCAGAGUUCGAGAAUAUGGUCGAAGAACUCGAGAAUGAUGGCAUUGAUCCGUCUCUCGUCCCUCUUGAAAGUGUGCCCGAAAAGUCCGCCGAGGAGAAAGAUGUCGAAGAGAUCUUGCAAGGUAUUUCGGAAUUGCUGGAGACCUUAAAUUCUUACCAACGUAUUCGACACAUGUCACUGAACUCUGCGAGCCGACCGGCGGGACUUCUUUCUGUACCGGACACCACUUCUCUGGGGACUCCAACCAAGCCAAGUGAACCAGAGCAAGCUACUUACGAGAUCUUGAAGUCCCAGUUGACUCUCAUGAUUGCAACUUUGCCGCCAUAUGCAGUUGCUAAGCUAGACCCUGAUCGUUUGGCAGACUUGAGUAUCAGUACGAAGAUCGAGGUGCAAUUGAAUGACUAUAAAGGCGUCAUGGAUGAAGACGAAGCAGCAGCGAAGAUUAGGGCCGCCUCGCAAUUUACCGCAUCCUCAUCAACAUCUCGUGCUAUCCCUCCAGCUUCUAUUCAUCGCACCAGUUCGACAUCGUUGUAUGGUAACCAGUAUGCGACAAGUCGUCCUGUGCCUACUCCUGCGAGUCAAUAUUAUGGUGCAACCCAGACACCCAUUCGCCCACCCUCAGCGAAUAUGCAACGACCACCAGCCACUGCUCCAGUUGGGUAUCAACCUCAGCGAACUGCAGUUCCCGCUGCGGCUGCUUAUCGGCCAGCCCAGUCUUAUGGAACCCCAACCUAUCAACACCAGGCAGCUCGACCUGUAUCACAGUCUUAUGGGUCAGCUACCCAGCAGCAUAGCUCAGGUCAACCUUACAUGCAACCCCCAAGUCAGAGCUACCAGCAUGUUCCGCAGACACUGUCUUCUGGCCAAAUAAAUGGCAGAUAUCCCGCUCAACCUGGCUAUCCUCAUCAAACUCCUACACCGCAAAACGGUAUGCAGUACCGAUACCCUAAUGGCGCCAAUUUCCCUCGACAGUCGUCUCCCCAGAAACCAGCUUACAGCCCUCAACCCACUACAGCCCAAGUUCAAACCCGGCCUGCCUACUCAACACCAACUCCUCCAAUGCCGCAAGAUCGGCCUUACCUUCAGACCCCAAUGGGCCAGCCAUCAAUGGGCCAACCGACAGCCAUGAAUGGAACACCAGGAGCCCCCACCCAACACCAGACUUCGAACAAUCUUACCCAAUACCGCACUUUCAUGACACAAGAGCAGCAGUCGAACAUGAUGGAACGUCAACGGUCUCUUCUAGCGGCUCAGCAGCAGGAGACACAGCAGAAUGCUAGAAAUGCAGCCAUGGGCAAUGCCAGUAAUGGGCAAGUGAAUGGAACUAGUGCGGUAGCAGCAGGUCUUUGAUUGGCCAUGUUUUUAUAGAUGGUCAAGCUGCUAUUAGUCAAAAAGGCGUUGGAUUUUGCGAUGGAUCUUUUCAGUGGAGUUGCGCACAAUGCUAGAGACUGUCCUGGUCUUUGGGCAGUGGCAUAGCCGGUUUGGCUUCAAAUGUCUUCGGGCAGCUGAUACUGUCGAGCUGUAUGUGUAAAAUUAUAGUGAGCUCUUUGCAGACGCAUCCAAAUAAUUGUAGAUUGAACAUAAG